CUGUGAUCGUGGACACAAGGCGCUUUAGUUCAUCAUCCCCUCCACAACUGUGACAGAAGUCUGAAAUCUUUGCAUCACUUUGCAUCGCUGGUGACUGGUCGCAGAUCAGAGAAUUGAGGUAUUUAAUUUGAUCUCGAGUAAACAAUCGCAUGAUGAGAAAGAUCAUAUAGAGAAAUGCGAUUUUCAUAACAAAGUGUAAAACACUGCGAUUUUCUCCUUGUAAUCCCAAUCAAGAUGAAUUUGCCACUUAGAAUAAUUUAGCUUGAAUUGUGCUGUUUGGCAUAAGUUUUCUUUACAACGCGGUGGCUAUUAUUGUGAUGGUGAUGAUUUUCAUCGAUCGUCCGGAAUAUAGGUUCGCGUAAGUGACUGAGAAAUUGAGAAGUGAGAUUGUGCGAGGAAUGCGUUUAGGAUACGACAUGCUCUAAAAACGCUUCAUGGAAUAAUUGAAACGACGGAAUUUUGUGCCUGCUGAUGUUUCAAUCCCCGUUGCACGUUGUACCAGAAUGGUGUUGAGUCGCAACGAUAAGAGAAAAAGGAAGGAAGGAGACCUGGUGGACCUCAUGGAGCCACUCUCUGAAUCUCCGAAAAGGACCAAAGUUCAUGCACAAAGAAAGUUUGCACAGGGUGCAACCACAGUGCUUAAUACAUCGCCCACACCUGUUAAGGACAAGGAGAAAACUAAACCUGCCACGAUCACAGAAUUAAUAACGCACAAACGUCCAAAUACAGAGGAUUUUUUAACAUUUUUGUGCUUUAGAGGAACAUCUAUUUUGCCACCUAGUUUAAAUUUUUUCAAUAUUGGCAAUAAAAAGGAAAAACAGGAGUCUAAACGUGCUCGAAUUUCUACAGAGAAGACAUUGUCUUCUACUUCUACUACUACUACUGCUCCUACUACUACUACUACUAUCACUACUACUACUACUACUAUUGCUACUACUGCUACUACUUUCUCAGAAAUUCAGAAACAAGAAAAUACAUGCCAAAAGAAUGUGACCAAAGUAAAAUCUAUUGUUUCAAAUAAGAAAAAGGUGACUAGCACGUUACACAAAAACAUUACUAAGCUUAAGACUGCUACAUCUACAGUCCAAGCGCUUAAAAAGAAAUACCAAGAACAACGUCUUGCUAAGCAAAGAAUUAAAAAUAAAUUCAAAACCACUUGCGUUAUGAGAACAAGAUCAUGUACAGAAAGAGCUAUGUUGAAAGUUGGUCUUCAAUUGACACCGCGAAAAUUUUUACCUAAAAUCAAGACGAAGAGACAUGGUCUAAGAAGCGGUGUAUUACCAACAGAUAAAACCAACAAAUCUCUAUCAAAAACAAAAGUGUUAACCAAACCAAAGAAGAAAGUCAGUCUAAAACCGAAAAAUAGCGAUAUGUCGAAUACAGACGCGUCAUUUGAAGAGGACAAUGAUAUCGAGGAUGAUGAAGAGGAAGAAUUACAUGUGGAGAAAUCGACAUUGCAAGUAAAGCGCAACAUACAAAGAGGCAUCCAAAAAAAGAUUUGUACUAGAAGUAAGUCAGAAAUGAGGAGAGUUACGAGAUCAUCCAGUGGCAUAGUCCCUUCGCAAAAUCUGUCUAGAAGGCCGACCAGAAAAACGAAGGAAGCAGCCGCUGUAUAUAUGGAAAUUCUUGGAAGAAAAUUAGUGAGCCCAGAUUUAGAGAAUGAUGAUAAUGUUUCGGUUGAGAGCUUUCCUGAAUUGCCAAAUUCUCGUAGAAUAGCACAAACAGAAAGCGAAUUAAAAGCUAAAGUGAAACAGAAUAAUACUAAAACUAGCUCUAAAGCUAAGGAUUCUAAAAUUAGCUCCUUCAAUAGUAGUACUAAUAAGCAAUUGGAUAAAAACAAAAACAAUAAGCUAAUUUUAAAGAGCAAACGUUUGAUGAAAUUACAGAAAUAUUGCGAAGAGGACAGCGAUGAAGAAUCCGAGAGUUCAAUAGAAGCGAAUAAUACAAGACCCAUUACUAGACAGAGUCUUGGAAAAAUUGAUAAACCAAUUAGCAGAAGCCUUAGAUCAUCUUCCAAAAAUACAACUGUACAAAUAGCAGUACAAACUAACAUAAAUAGCAAAUCAAAGGCUCAAGUUCAAAAUUAUGUAAAAUCAACGAAGGAAAAAUUUGUGAUAAAACGUAAACGCGAACAAAAUCUACCUAAAACAUUAUCGGAUAAGACUAAGCAAAAAAGCCUUAAAAGUAAUGAAACCGAGAAAAUAGAAUCCGAAGAGGAAACAUUGGGAAUGCUACUCAGUAAAAUAAAGAAGAAGAAAGAAAACGUUGAAAAGGAAGAGAAAGAAGAAAGACAGAUUCCUGAUAAUGCUAACAAUACGAAAAAUGGAAAGACAGUUCACGGGAAUGUACAAAACGUAAAAGUGGAUUUAUCAAAGGUAUCAGAUGACGAGGAAUCUUUUCGUGGAUUUACUAAGAAGGCAAUAUCAAAAGUUUUAAAUUCAUGUCAGACGCAUGCUAAUGUUAAUUUAUUAGUCACAGAGUCUAAUGAAAAGUUGAAUUUGCCUAAAACAUUUGACAGCGUGUCACAAACAGCGAAUCAAAGUACCAUUUCACGGGAAAGUAAAGUAAAAACAUCACCGAUCAAAACCGAUUCCUUAGACGCAAAUUUGUUAAAUGAUGAGCACAGUGUAUCUGUGCAAGAUCAAAAAUCGGUAUUGGAUUUAUCCAUUAAAACUCAAAGUUCAUUGUUCCCAUCUAUGGAACAGACAAGCAAAAAAUGUAAUCAUGAAAACAAAAUUUCUUCUAAUCUUAUGCCAUUAUCUACUUUGAAUACGAGAAAAGAACGAGUAAAUAUGUCGACCGAACAAAUAGAAAAAUGGUUGAACGAAAGUUCGCUCGCUAAGGAAGAGAGCAAGCUGGAGAUGGAAAACGUUUCCAACUUUAGGUAUGAUUCUACAGAAAAGUUGAAAGCGGAUAUCUCGCAUCUGUCUAUUUCGACGAAAAUUCAACACUUAGUACGCCCGGUGAAUGUCACGCUUUCAAAAUUAUCGGAUAAGAUGAAUUUGAAGGAUCGUGUAGGAAUACACAGUAAAAAUGUGAUAGCAUCUGAUAUGCAAAAUAGCGAAGUGAAGCAACAAAAUGCAAUUGUCGACAAAUGUAAAAUCGUUACCGAGGCAAAAGAUAUUGUCAGUGACAAGAAUAAGACUGAGAAAAAAGAUACUUGUCCAGUUGAAGAUACUAGCGAUACAGUGUCCAAAUCAGAUCAAAACUCGAUGGAUGGUUCUAUAGAGAAGAAGUCACCGACCGAAAAGAAAAUAUUUCCGCGGAAACCUUUUUUGCCCAAGGUUAAGGAACGUAAGACUGUAACACCAAACGCGAAUGCGUUUUCACCGGAAAACGAAAGCAGCGUUUAUGCAUUUGAAAGUGACACCGAAGUUCCUGUUAGCACACCUUUUCGAAGAAAAAUUAGAGACAAUGCAAACCGCUCAACCGCAAUAAUGCCCGCAGCGGCUGCAAAAUCUGAGACCAAGCUUAUCGACAAAGCGGCUGAAGCCAAUAAAUCAAGUCUAAAGGAGAAUUCUGAAUUAUUGGAUAACAAGGAAAAACCAUUUAACGAUCUUGCUACACCCGUGAAGAAGGAAGAUGAGACGCAAGGGUUGAUGAAUGCAGCAAAUCCAAGCGUGAAUAAGUUUGAGCUGCCCAAAAAUUUUGCGAGUUUAACUAGUGUUCAGGUGCUACCGCUCGACAAACUCACAACGAGUUGGAGCAAUGUAAAUUGCAGUGCUUCCAUAGCAGUGCAAGUAAAUCUUGACGAAACCACGCAGGAACAGGAGAAUGAUGUGAAUCAACAGAAAAGUACCGAGAUAUCUACUCAAACUGAGACGAGUAACGAGAACGACGAUGACAACGACGGACAGCUAUUUUACAUUCCAUUGCAGGCUGUUACGAGAAGCGGUCCGAAUCUGGUGCAAGGUCAACAGUUAAUACAGGGCGUGGCUGUUAAACUUGGCACGGAAGGGCCGACCGGUCCUAAUCAAAGAGUUCUUCUUCGAGCCAAAUUGGUGACUAAAACACCGUUAUCUGUGGCACGUUGUCCACCGAUAGGAACGGUACAACCGACCACGCGUAUACCACCCACUCCUACGACAAUUACAGUAGAGCAACAAGUACCGUCGACGUCAACAACUGCAACUAUGUCAACCACGGUAGUAAAUGCGGAAACACAACCUUCAUCACUGCGAACAACCGCGAAAAAUGAAAUCUCCGUGUCAAGUCCGAAUCAGAAUAUCAGCACGAGCGCAAAUAGCAAUGUAGAAAAGCUUACAAAGUCACCCAAGUCAUCUAGGGAGAGAAAAGCUUCCAUAGACUCGGCAAAAAGCGGAAAGAGGUCACAAGUGAAAUGCAAACAAAAAGGAUCAGAGUUACAAGAUCGGAGCUCUUCGAGCAACAAUACGAUGCUUCUAGGCACGAAAAUCACGAACAAUGAAACUCGCGUAGUCGAGGCGCCAACGUUUCAUCCAACAGAAAAAGAAUUCCAGGAUCCAUUGGAGUAUAUAGACAAGAUAAGACCAAUCGCCGAAAAAUUUGGGAUAUGUAGAGUGGUGCCCCCACCCAAUUUUAAGCCAGAAUGCAAGGUGUCUGAUGAUAUGAGAUUUACCGCAUAUAAUCAAUACGUACAUCGCAUGCUCCACAGGUGGGGUCCUAACGUAAAAGAAAUGAUGGCUAUCAAGAAAUAUUUAGCUACUCAGAGUAUUACUUUGACUCAACCUCCAUGGAUUGGUGGAAUGGAGGUAGAUUUACCUCAUUUGUAUCAAACAGUUCAAAGUUUGGGUGGAUUGAAAGAAGUUAUAGAGAAGAAGAAAUGGCAAAAAGUCGCAGAUGGCAUGAAAAUACCAAAAUCGGCACAGGAUCGCGUUACUAAAUUAGAUGAUAUUUAUUGUAAAUAUUUACUGCCAUACGACACAUUAUCUCCAGAUGAACGUGAUAAAUUGUUUGAUCAAGUUGAAACUGAAUGGAUGAGAAAAGAAAACAAAGCCUUACAAAGGCAAGAGAUGUCAUCCAAUGAUAACGAUGAGGAAGAGGAUGAGGACAGUUCUGAUGAAAUUGAAGAAUGCAUUGUGAAAGGAAGAAACAUGCCGUUGAACGCUUUUUAUCGAAUUGCCCGCAAUACGCAACGUAUGUGGUUUGGCGAAAAUCAACGAGGAAAUGAAGCAGAGGGUGCUUCCGCUGAUGAGGUAGAGAGUGCAUUUUGGAAACACGUUGCUGAAAGAAAACGUCAUAUUUGCGUGCAUGCAGCUAGCAUCGAUUCAAGCGGUCGUGGAUUUGGAUUUUCCGUUGCGAAGAAUAGCCCGUUUGCUAGACAUCCUUGGAAUCUUAAAGUUCUCACUAACAAUGCUGGAUCAGUGCUGCGAGCUCUGGGUCCACUAAUGGGAGUGACUGUGCCAACAUUACAUGUGGGUAUGUUAUUCAGCGCUUGUUGCUGGUAUCGUGAUCCACAUGGUCUACCAUGGAUCGAAUAUCUACAUACAGGCGCCAAAAAGAUUUGGUAUGGGAUACCCAAUGAGCAUAAUAAUAAUUUUCAAGAAGCUCUCUCGAAAAUGGUACCGCGAUAUUGUAAAAACAAGACCAUAUGGUUACCCUCUGAUACUGCCAUGGUUCCGCCAGAUUUAUUAGUGAGCAACGGUGUGUCAUUAUGUCAGAUAGUGCAAGAACCGGGGCAAUUUAUAAUAGUAUUUCCAAAAGCAUUUACGUCAAGCAUAUGUACUGGUUAUGUGGUAUCCGAGAGCGUAUAUUUUGCACAGUCAUCAUGGUUAGAAACUGCAGAACAAGUAUUUAAGGACAUACAAGACAGCUGCGAACCUUCCAUCUUUUCAUUCGAAAGAUUAUUGUUUAAUAUUAUUAAUGAUACCAGAUCUCAUGUAGAUAUAUUAAAACAGAUAUUGCCGAGCGUGAUAAAAAUUCGUGAAAAGGAAUUGGAUUAUCGUAAACAAUUGGAAAAUGCUGGUCUUACUAAUAGAAAAAGAUUGCCUUUGCCAGAAAGUGGAAAAGGGAAGAAAGGAAAAAAAGUAAAGGAAGAUGAUGGUGACUUUGAAUGUGAGACGUGCAGAGCGAAUUUAUUUGUCUCUUUGGUAAACAAUUCACAAGAUGAUAGCGUUUAUUGUUUACCGCAUGCAUUGCAUUUAAUUAGUUGUAAGAAGCAGAUUCUAAGACAUUGUACCCUGAUGUACACGUACGACGAAGACGAAUUAGAUGAAUUGAUUCAUAAACUGAAAAACAGGAUCGAAGCCAAAUCGAAAAAAACUAAUCAAAUAAAACAAAAUAAGCAAUAAGUCUAUUAUUUAUAAAAGAUAAAAGUGAUCACUAUUUAUUAAUCAAUAUAAGAAUAAACAUAUGCAUAAUUAACAAAUAUGAUCGUACUGUGUCUUGCUUAUUGUAAUAGAAACUGGCUAAAAAUUUUUUUUCUUUAUCUAGUGCAUAAUAGGAUAAAGGAUGAUAAUGACAUAUAUUAUAAGAAAUAGAAUUUCAUAGCAUAAUUUGAUCCAACUUUCGAGACGGUUGUGAUGUAUAAAAUACGUGAAAUUAUGUCAUUUUGUGAUAUUCGUCUUUAAAGAGUUAACAAUAAAAAUAUUCGUAUACAUAUUUUAUUGUUAGUGAAAAUAUAUCUAAUAUAUUUGUAAUUUAUCUUUAAGAAGCGCACAUAUUAACGCAAGAGGGAAAUCUUACUAAAUAUUUGAAAAAAUUUCCAAAAAAGGAAUUAUUGUAUCCAUUACAGCUUAUUCUCCAAAUUUAUCAAGAUGUGAUUCUAUCUAUUUGUCUUAUUUAUUAACUUAUAAAAAUUCAUACACACACACACAGACACACAUACACUAUAUACUGGGUAUCGGGACUGAAUCAAUUUCAUUUCAUUUUAUUAAGAAAAAAUUUUUUGAAUAGAGUAAUGAAAAAAUGGAGUCUAAAAAAUUCUUUUUAAUAAAGUUUUUAGAAUAAACUUAAUAACUUUAUAAUAACUUUAUAAUAAAACUCUAAUUGAUAGCUUUUAUAAAAAGAAAGAUUAAAUGGCUUUUAUUCAAGAGAGAGAGUCUAGAUAUUUUACUACUUAAAUAAUAUAACAACAGAUAUAUGAUUCUUUUAUAAUUAUAAUUAUAUAUUAAUUUAUUAAAAACAAAAAAACAAUUUAAAAUGAAAUUUUGACAAUAAGAAUAACGCACACACACAUACCCACGCGCACGCGCGUAUAUAUACGUAUAUAUGUAUUUAUUUCAGAACAUAAUAAAUUAAUACGAAUGUAUUAAUAUGAAUCUGUAUCCGAUUACUAAACAAAUAGAAAAACGGUACUGAAAUUGGAA